CGCCGCGCCAGCCAUUGACGCUUUCGAGCGAGAUCGAUCGGUAAAUGACGGCGGCGGCCUUCCCCGACCGAUCCAGCGGCAGCAUGAUGGCGAUAUCGGCGAGCCGGAUCCACCCGUCGUCGGCCGCGGAGACGACGCCGAAGCCGACGCCGACGCGGCCACUUGUUCCUCUUCCUCCCGGCGGCGCCUGCGGAGGAGACGACGGCGCCGACGCCAGCGUUGGCUGCGCGGCGGCGCUGCACCACACCGUGUGGAAGCGGUCCAGCAUGGGGUUCCACGGCACCGACGGCUUCUCCGUCUACGACGCCGCCGGCGCUCUCGCCUUCCGCGUCGACAACUACUCGCGCCGUCAGAAGCUCUUCGCCGGCGAGCUCCUCCUCAUGGACGGCCACGGCGCGCCACUCCUCGCCCUCAGGCCGCAGAUUUUCAGCAUGCACGACCAAUGGAACUGCUACAAUGCAUCAGAAGAAGGCCAGGCCAAGACGACAAGUUCACACAGACUCUUCUCGAUGAGGAAAUGCUCGGUUCUACAGAAAGGCCAUGAAGCAGAAGUGUCCAUGUCAGGAUCAUCAUGCAGCACCAGCUUCUGGGUCGAGGGCUGCUUCAGGAGGAGAAGCUGCAAGAUCCGCAAUGGCGACGGUGAGGAGGUGGCGAGGAUAACGAGGAAGAAGUCGAAUUCGCUGACGCUUGGCGACGACGUGUUCAGCCUCGUCGUCCAGCCGGGCGUGGAUUGCGCCAUGAUCAUGGCGUUCGUCGUUGUUCUGGACCGGAUCUGUUGGAAGCCGUACACGCCAUUGAUCUGCUCUUAGCUCUAGCUUAGCUUGGCCAUGAGAAGCUAGCCAUUUUCUGAGUUCUGACAAUUAUUGAGGGAUGAUCAGGAUCACUGAAGCAAAGAGAACACAGUGAUUUAGCAAAGAAAAGUGGUUAGGAAAAAAAUACAGCCGUAAAUUGGCUACGACUGAUUGGGACCUAACUUGUCAAAUUUCUCUGGAUAUAACUUGUAGGCAGAAAUGAUUCUAGUUUUCUGAAAAACAAACGCAAAUGUAUGAGGUGCAAUUACUUAGAACCAAUUGUAUUCUCAUACGAUGGAUUCAUAGCAGUAUUAUAAAUGCUACUGGCUA